GCGAAGUCCAGACGCGACCUCUCUGUGCAUUGCAAAUUGCUGCGACCGUCUUGUCAUACUAGCACUGGCUUUUGCUGCGCGGGAUGAUUGUGGUGCCGGACCGUCUCAACCGAGCGCUCUACGACGGCAACCUAUCGCUGUGGUGGUUACUCAGCGCUGUGCUCUCACUUUGGUUUACGGUCUACUGCGGCCUCGGCAUCCUCCUUGGCGCACUUCCGCCGCCGUCAUCCGCGCCCGUCGGCCCAGCAUUUGCUCUGCAUUUGGUCACGUGUGGAUUGAUUUCGUGGAUUUGUAUUUGGAACCUCUUCCAUACACCCUCUCACGGACCGCUCUACCGUAGUGUGCACAAGGUGCUCGGUCGAGCUGCCAUGCUCUCGGGCGCUCUCUCGGCGUCGUCCGGGUUUUACGCGGCAUGGGUCGAGCGCUACAACCCAAACAACGUCGGCUUUAGCAUUGGGAUUUCCAUCGGCGGCGCACUGCAAUUGGCCGCGCAGGCACUGGGCUGGUACUAUGUCCGGCAAAACGAUAUUCCCAAGCACCAAGUCUUCAUGUCGGCCGUCUUCUUUCACGGCUGCUGCAUUCCGCUCUGGAUGCGCUUUCCCCGUUUCGUACUGGAUAUGGCGAUUCCCGACUGGUGGAACGGCGCCGCGGUCGUCGUCGCCGCUGGCAUUGGGCUCCUCGCCCUUCUUGCCCAACGUCACAAGCGCUUUUUGUGA